AUGGACUAUCCUCCUAUUCCGGGAACAUCGCAGAUCCCACAGUCCAUGAUAGCUCCUCUCCCUCUUGACGACACUCUACCCGCUGCUCUAACGUCUCCGAACCCGCUUAGUGUUGGUUCCAAAUCUAUAUUCGCCUUUUGGAAUUCUGGGAUUUUCGCCCUCCCACCGUACCUCUUGCAGAACGUCCUCGCUUGGUACCGCCGGUAUUCGCCAUUGGGGUGGAACAUCUACGUCUUCGAUAGGGUAGAAGGGUCGCCUCUGAACGUCUCACGAUACAUCGAUACGACUUCUCCUUCAAUCAUACCGGCUGCAUUCACGAAUUCCCAACUCGAUGGAUCAUUCGUCGGACAACACACAUCCGAUCUGGUUCGUUUCCCUCUCCUCCUCAAAUACGGCGGUGUCUACCUCGAUGUGGGCAUCUUGCAGUUCGGUGACUUGAACUGGCUAUGGGAACAAGUCGUCUGCAACCCCGAAUCGCCAUAUGAUUUUGCAGGAUACAGGAUGGGAGCCCUGCCAGAGAGGUAUCUGUCCCGAACUUUGCCAUGA